AUGGUGGGUCCAUUAAUAUUACUUUAUUUGCUCUUAGUGAAAAAUAUUGUCAGUGAUGAUAUUAUAACGUCCCAGGUGAUACGGACAGAAACUUUGGUUAUUUCAUCUAAAAGAUCAAGUUUGAAUAAGGAAAAACCUGAGUUAGUCAACUCUCUAUCGUCAUCGCCCAAUACAACUCAAUCUAGUUUUCUCCAUGAAAACAACAAAUAUUCUAAAAGCAAUGAAGUUGAAAUCCAAAUUGCAGCAAAAGAUGGUAAACCAGGAAAACAUUCAAAAACAUCGGAUAACGCGUCGAAAAACGAAUCCAGCUUAUUACAUCGAGUAAACGCAAGUGAUUUGCUUUCCAAUGGUAAUAAUGAUAUUCCUGAACCCGUGGAAAAUGCAUCUGUUGAUGUAUUACCAAUAAAAUUGAACAAUUAUACAUAUACAAUUUCAAAUACAACGAAAGGAUUGGAGAAUAGCAUCCUUAAUGCAACUUCGGAGCAAAAUCCUGAUAAACCGGCUAAACCAGCAGGAACGACCGCUGAUAACCCUAACACUGCCGUCAUAGAUAGAUCUGCAUUCGUUGGAGAUCUCUGUGCGACAGGAUACGUCAAGGUGAACGGAAAAUGUGUUCAACCGGAA